CGCCUCGUCUACGCGUACCAGCAUAUUCUUGUCAUCUUCAUCCUUCUCAAUCAGAUAUCUGCUAUUAUGAUCUCUACCGCCAUGUCCAUUACGGCACGCGUCGCCAUCACUGGCUUUCUUACGGUAUCUUGUUUUAAACGGACUAUCGUUGACAAUACUGUUCAAGUUCUGUACAAAUCAGAGAAGGUUUCUGCUGGCCUCUUUGCAUACUCUGUCUGCUUGUCAACCAUCACGCUUGUUCUCGCCGCCGACGCAGCUGCUCAGAGGUUACUCAGCAACGACAGCAACCAUUUACCUGCUCCGAAGGAUAGCGACUCCGGUUCUAAUCCUCCAUUCGCUAAUGCCAACACCUCCGCUACGCCUACUAGUAAGCCUGUUGGACUACAUUAUUUGCAGCCACCUCCGUCUCCACCUCCAUCGCGUUUAAUCGAAUCACAGCCAUCUCCAGCUCCAUCAUCAUCGCGUUUAAUCGAACUACAGCCAUAUCCGUUCCCAUCCCCACCGCCUUUAAUCGAAUCACACCCAUCUCCAUCUCAAUCUCCGUCUUCUUCGCAUGUAAUCGAAUCAACGGAGAUAAUACUAUCCGCUCCAAUCACCUGUUGUACUUGUAUGUCUUGCAUCAUUCUUGCUUCGUCGAACCUCUACUCCAAACGCCUGUCUAUUGAUUCCAACAUCACACUCCUACCCUACGACGACGACUUCAAUACCGAUAUCCUCUCGGACGAUGCCUCGGACACUGACGACUGUGAGUCGUUUGAUGACGAAAGCACUGUCUACGACUCGGAGGACGAUCGUUCUGAACCUCAGCCACUCGACAUCCUAAUUUCACUAAUGAACACUCUCACUCUCGAUGACCCGCCUCGCCCAUCCAAGCUUCGACCACUCAUUCUAGUCACCAACCGCAACACGAUAACUAUUAUUCCGUAUCCUCCGCUCCCUGAACCCGCAUAUCCUGUGGGCGCAUCGACCCGACGUAUUCAGGCGCGCCCUCUCUCCGAUAGUCGACCAAGCGAUCCUGGUGUCUCUCUUCCUGGAUGCCCCAUAGACGCCUUUACUCGAAGUAUGGAGGCUGCUCUCUCUCUGACCGCCCGUCUUCCACCUCAAAGCUGA